AUGCCGCCCCCGCCGGACCUGUCCCGCUACAUCCUUCCGGACACCGAGUCCAGGGAGAUCUUUACCACAAAGAUUCUUCCCGCCGACCUCCCAUCAUCCCUCACACCACACCCGACCCGGCCCCGGCCCCUUGCCGUGCUUAUAGUCGGUCAGACCGGCGCUGGAAAAACUCGCACCGCGCCAGCCGUCCUCGGCGCCAUGGCUCGCUGCCAACCCCCUGUGCACCUCAUCGCCGACGUCUACAAGGCCCACCACCCGUCCUAUCUUGCCCUUCUCGACUCUGACAACCCCGCUCACGCAUCUCCCGCCACGGGCCCCGACGCGCGCAAGUGGCUCGCCAUGGCCGCGGCCGAGGCCAUUGCCCGCAAGCUCGAUGUCCUCCUCGAGAGCGCGUGCCGCCACCCGGACGACUUCCGUGAGUUGGCGGGCAUGUUCGGCGAGGCCGGCUACCGCCUAGAAGUCGUCAUCAUGGCUGUGCCCGCAGCGCUGAGCAGACUGGGUAUCCUGCAUCGCUUCUACGAAAGGUUGCCGGAGGCAGGGAGUGGGGGUUUGCCUAUCCGGCUCACGCCGGUCAAGGUCCAUGACGAUUCUUUCGGGGGACUCAUGAGUGUAGCAGAGUGGAUAGACGGAGUGAACUACGUCGACAGGAUUCUGGUCGUAAGAAGGGGCAACAUGGUUGCUUUUGCGGAUGAAAGGGGCCGAGAUGGAAAGUUGCAGGGCACGGUGGCUGAAGCUGUAAGGAUAGAGCGAGACCGGCCGCUGACCAAAGAGGAGAGAGAAUCAGCCUUGGGGGACCUGGAAAAAUUGGCCGCACGUGAUGCAAAGCUGGCGGAGCAGGUCAUGAGUUUGCUUGAGCCUUUAUUGGUGGAAGAAGACCAGACCUAUCCGGUGUUGCGUCCCCUAUCUUUCCCUCCUCAUGGCCCGAGGGACGCUUUGCUCACGCUGGGUGAGGUAUGA